ACGUCACAGUAGAAGUUGACGCUUCUCAUUAGCAACGUCAUAUUGCGUGCGUAAGAUAAAACCAGCUGUUAAUAAAUCAUUAAAACAUGGAACAUUAAUGGCUAGUGAAAAUCGAGGCUGUUUCGUUUGGCUCAUAAGUUUAAAGAAGUCUUGCAACGAAAGGUUUGCAAGAUUUCGAAACCGCAUGCGCCAAAGAUACUAUGCAAGAAGAGGCAAGACCCUUGACCCAGACACCCUGUUAAAUGAAACAGGUACUGCCGACAUGGUCGUCUGUAAGAUUGCCAGCAAGUCAACCAAAGUCGUUCCUCAAAACAUGUCAUCAAAGAAUGACGAGGCUGUUGAUUCUAAAAUUAGAACACUGACAGGGACCGCAGCAGACGAUGAGAGCAUGGCAGACGACAUACUUGUUGUAGAAUUCGUGACACGCAUCAUUAACAAGGCAGCCGACACUCUGAGACAGGAGUUGCCUAGCAACACAACGACCGUAACCGUGAAGCCAGCAGACGACAACAUUUCAUUGUCCUCCAGUAUCAUCAGCCAAAUUGCUGAUAUGGCUGUUACGGAGAGCUUGACAAAUAUUAUGACAGAUGCUGACAUCAACCAAUCUGCUAUAAGAGCUCCUAGAACUGUCAAAGAAUUCAAGGAAGCAUUUGGUAUAACCGGAUAUGACGUCAUUGAUGAUGGUCUUCCACCUGUAAGCGUGUAAGGUAA